ACCACUGUCUUGAAGAAAUCCUGAAGGUGCUUCCACAGGCACACCAGGAGGGCUCUCCUGUUCUCUUCACAAAUGCAUUAGGUCACAGGUGAGAUGGCAGGCGCUGGGCAGCGCAGAGGGAAGAAGGAUGACAACGGCAUCGGCACCGCCAUCGACUUCGUGCUGGCCAACGCGCGGCUGGUGCUGGGCGUGGGCGGCGCCGCCAUGCUGGGCAUCGCCACGCUGGCCGUCAAGAGGAUGUACGACCGGGCAAUCAGCGCUCCCAGCAGCCCCACUCGCUUGGGCCAGUCGGGAAAGAGAAGCUGGGAAGAGCCAAACUGGCUGGGCUCCUCCUCACGCCUGCUGACCCAGGACAUGAAGAGCAGCCUCAGCCGCUCCCUGCAGACCCUUCCCACUGAACCUUCAGCUGCAGACGCUGACUUCUUUCGACCCACAAAGGCCAAGCCAUCUGCCAAGAGGAGUCAGGUGGAGCUGAAGAAGUCCCGCCUUCGGCUGUCGCUGCAGGAGAAGCUGCUGGCGUACUACCGGCGGCGGGUGGCGAUCCCGGCGGACGAGCAGGCUCGGGCCAAGCAGGCGGCCGUGGACAUCUGCGCGGAGCUGCGCAGCUUCCUGCGCGCCAAGCUGCCCGACAUGCCCCUGCGGGACAUGUACCUCAGCGGCAGCCUCUACGACGACCUGCAGGUAGUGACAGCUGACCACAUCCAGCUCAUUGUACCUCUCAUGCUGGAGCAGAACCUGUGGUCCUGUAUCCCCGGGGAGGACACUAUCAUGAACAUUCCUGGCUUCUACUUGGUGCGUCGAGAAAACCCAGAGUACUUUCCUCGCGGGAGCAGCUACUGGGACCGCUGUGUGGUGGGAGGUUACCUUUCCCCCAAAACUGUAGCAGACACCUUUGAAAAAGUUGUAGCUGGGUCCAUCAACUGGCCAGCAAUCGGGAGUCUCUUGGACUAUGUGAUCCGUCCGGCAGCUCCCCCAGCAGAUUUGACUCUGGAAGUGCAGUAUGAUGCAGAUCGGCAUCUUUUUAUUGACUUUCUGCCAUCCCUGACACUGGGGGACAUCGUCCUCGUUGCCAAACCUCACCGACUGGCCCAGAACGACAACUUGUGGCGCCUGAGCCUGCGGCCGGCGGAAACGGCGCGCCUCCGCGCCCUGGACCAGGGGGAUUCUGGCUGCCGCUGCUUGUGCCUCAAGAUCUUCAAAGCAGUGUGCAAGCUGAACCCGGCUCUGGGACACCUCACUGCCAGCCAGCUCACCAACGUCAUCCUGCACCUGUCCCAGGAGGAGUCCGACUGGUCCCAGGACAUGCUGGCUGACCGCUUCUUGCAGGCCCUGAAGGGGCUGAUCCGCCACCUGGAGGCUGGUGUCCUCCCUAGUGCCCUGAACCCCAAGGUGAACUUGUUCUCAGAGCUCACCCCUGAAGAAGUGGAUGAGUUGGGCUACACCCUCUACAGCUCUCUGUCGGAGCCAGAGGUCUUGCUGCAGACGUAAUGGGGCCUUACCUAGGGAAGUGUUGAUAGAGUUCAGCCAAUGCAGACUUUGAUUACUGCGAAUUAUGUCUCCUCCACUUCUCCCUGUCUCCCUCUCUCUCUUCACCACUCCCCCUUUUUGGUUCAUUAGUAAUUCCUGCUUUGGAGUUGGUGCUCCCACUGAAUUUCUUGGUGCUACUGGUCCAUUUCCACCAUCUCUGCCCCAACAGGUGCCCAUUGGCUAGGGAGGAGAGGCUAAAACUGCAGCUCUGAGAUCUUCACAUAAAUUCUGAUGAGUUUUUAGCGUCUACCAAAAAAAAAUAAACCAAACUAUGCACUUCUUUCUUCUGUAGUACACUUACUGCAGCAAACCCUUUUUGGUCUGAAGAAGAAGGUGGAACUGGGCUGGUAAAUCCAGUGAUGAUUUUAGCAGACUUGCACUGAGGUUGUUUAAUUUCCUCCAGCCUGAUUUUGCCCUAUGUUUCUUUUUCUCUGCUGUCCUACACUGUCUCACUUUUCUUUCUUUUAUGUCCUUUUGGCCCAGUCAUGCAGGGCAGACUGAGUGAGAUAUUUUGGAUAGGGUUGUUUUUGUAUUUCUGAGUGGAUAAUGAUUACACUGGCAAUAUUUAGGGCUGCAGAGCUUGAAAUUGAAGAAUUCCCGCAGCUCCUGCUCCCAUGGAGCCUUCUCAUCCUUUGGAAGCUGGGGUCAGGAUUAAGGGCCAAAAUUUGUCCAGUCUGCUGCGACACCACAUCCUGUACAGACAAUUGUUGUUGAGGCUGUCACAGGGGAGGAAGGAGCCUUUGUGGUCUGGUUGUGUGAUGAGGCUGAAGGAGCAGAGCUUGCUGUUCCUGCCUAGCCAGAUCUCCUGGGAAUGGCCUCGGGAGCGGAGAACAAGGCAGCUCUUCAGUUGUCUCUGGCCUAGAGGAAGAGAGGGUGAUUAUAGGGGAGGGGUGGGAGACACACAUGGGAAUGGGGAUUUUUUUUUUUUCAUCUUUCCCCCAAGAGCUUAUGGCUGUUUUGGUUUACUGAAGGAGGAAACAAGAUUGCAUGCCUCAAAGGGCUUUGGAAUAAGCACACACAAGCCAGAUUCUCACCAGCUCUAAAGGCUGUGAAGGUGAUAGAACUGAACUGGUGACAUCAGCAAGGUUCUGUCCCAUACAGUGAUAUUAGGGUACAUAUACAAAGCUGGCAUUUAGGGAUGUAUUAGCUUUGCCAUCUGCUCUGCGUGCUUUAGUCUCCUCCCCAGAACUGAGGCUGUCCAUCCCCUUCCUCAUUCCCAUGCGCUGAUUUUCCAGUGCUUUCAUUUUACAAAUACUCUUAGAAAGCUGGUGAGGGCACACCUUCCCAUUCCAUCUCUUUGGACCUGUUGGCAGUGCAGUUCUGCUCACUCCUGUCUCUGGCUGCUCUCAGGCUGUGGACUCUUUAUACUCUGCAUUUAGCCACCUGCUGUCUUCAAAAAAGUGGGAGAGAAGGUGUCCCCCGAGUGUGGAGCUCUGUGUGUAUCUCAAAAGACCAGCAUAACUAUUGUUUCAGAAACAUGUUUGCCUUUUCCCUGCUGUAGGAGCUUUUUUCACCCUUGCUGUCCAGCCUCCUUAGCCAGUGGAGAGGAGUACUGUAGCAGCAGAGUUUGGAGGGAGCAGGAAUCCUUUUUUCCUUUUCUCCUCCCUUCCUCUCAGGACUUCCCCCAUCUUUGACAGAGAAGUUUCAAGGUGAAUUUCAAGAGUGGAAGCACGGAGGGAAGUCUUUCACCCUGGGUUUUUUUUUAGAGGCAGUGCUGGUGAGGUGAGGGAGGGAGCAAUUUCUCGGACAAUCCGUCCAUUUUAGCCAGUGUGUCAGACAGCAUUCUGUAUACAGUGAUAACGCAACGUUGCAUUUUAAAUUAUUUAAUCUUUAGGGUACUGGUAUUUUCUAGACUGCCAGAUGUGUACUUUGGAGUCUGUGUGUGUAUAUAAAGUCUAUAGUCUAUCAAAGGUUAACAGGAAUCCCAUUUGUAUGACUUUGUGUUUUGCAGCAGUCAGUGUUGUUCAACUGUUGAUUGCUCUUCACUCUGGUUCCCAGACUUUUUCCCCCUCUUCCUUACCUUGCCCCCCACUGCAUUUCUGAUGUCAGCCUUUCUACCCUAAAAGCAGACAGAUGAGACUUGGAGCCUAUAGGCUACUGGGGGGAAUUCCCCUUGUUUUUAAUUACUUGAAGGUCAACAAAAAUAUUAAAAUAUCUGGGUUGUCAGGAGUUCCCCCAAAGCUCAUUUCUUCAGUGUGAUGUCACCCCUCACUUGGUGCUGACUCCAGUACUGUGGUCUUCACAUUUUAACAGCAGUGUGGCUGGAAAUGAUUAAAACUCUAGAUACAAAAAAGAAAAGGUGAGAUAUGACCUGAGAACAGUUGUCACAUACAUAUCUGUAUAUAUAAUUUUUUACAUGAAUGCUUUUACUUCUUCCUGGCAACCUAAUGAAUUAAUAUUUUAUGACCAUUUUUUGCUGCUAUUGAGCUCAAUUUGUGUAUCAAAUGGAGACUGAAGCUGCCUUUUUGCCUUUUUUGUAGACUCUGCUCCACUUCACUUGCAUCAACCAUCUCCAUCAUUUCUUCCCUUCACUUUUGCCCUCCUCUGAGCUAGCCAUGAGCCUGUUCUCAGGAGGCAAAGGAUCACUUCCCACAGGCAGCCACCACAGCAGGCAAUAGCUGCCCUGGCAGUGGCAGUCUUGACAAAGGCCAAAGAUGUGAUGGGUCACAGGGACACUGCAACUAGGAAUAUUUUAAGAGCAAGGUCAGGUAUAAGAGGCAAUAGAAGCAGGGAAGAAGGUGUAGGCAAAGUAUGCAGGAAACAACCACUAAUGCUGCACCCAGCCUUUGGGUCAAACAGAAUGUUGCAGAGUCUUUCAAACUGGCACCUUUCAGUAUUAAAUGCAGUACAUGUGUUGAUUUA